AUAUUUCUACGUAAACACGCGAUAAAAAGUUUUGACCGAGAUAUUUGUUUAUUUAAAAAAUAGAAUUUAUUAUUAUUUAAAUAAAGAGCUGUUGGACCAAUCAUUGCACGUGGUAGCGAUUUUAUAUUUUGAAUUAUUGAAGAGAAAGCCGAGAGAAAGUCUUUUAAGUGGUUGUGUAUAAAUAUCAGUGGGUCCAUCCGCAACGAUCAUUUAGUAAAAGAAAGUUUUUCGGCUAACACGCAUCUACUUAACAGUGAUAUUUCAUCAGAUAAAGAAUAUUUUGAAAUAAUAGAACAAUUGAGAUUUAUUAGUGCGCAAAACAGAUCAGUGACUUUUAAAAUGGAAGCUAAAGAGUUUAAGGAAUUCGUAAAAGCGACUGUUGACAAGAUCGUUGAUUACAACGAAAGUUUGAGGGACAGAAAGGUCUUGCCUGAUGUCGAGCCAGGAUACUUAAGCAAAUUGAUUCCCGAAGAGGCCCCUCAAAAAGGUGAAUCGUGGCAAGACGUAUUCAGUGAUAUCGAGCGAGUUAUUAUGCCGGGUGUGACACAUUGGAACUCACCACAUUUUCAUGCAUAUUACCCGACUGCUAAUUCAUAUCCAGCAAUUGUGGGUGAAUUAUUGAGCGCUGGGAUCGGAGGUGUCGGAUUUUCAUGGAUUGCAUCCCCGGCUUGUACGGAAUUAGAAGUUGUUACGAUGAAUUGGCUCGGGAAAAUGCUGGGAUUGCCCAAAGAAUUUCUCAACUGCAGUGAAGGACCUGGUGGCGGAGUUAUUCAGGGAUCGGCAAGUGAAGCAACUUUGGUUGGAUUGCUGGCAGCCAAAGAGCGCAUGGUGAGACACAUCAAGAAAGAAAACCCAGAUAUGGACGAAGGGAUAAUAAAGUCCAAAUUAGUCGCCUACACUUCGAACCAAUCUAACUCUUCGGUGGAAAAGUCAGGGCUACUCGGGUCGAUGCCAAUGAGAUUGUUGCCAGUAGACGAUAAAUGCAGCCUCCGUGGCGCGACUUUAUUGGAAAUGAUGAAAACAGAUCGGGAGGCUGGAUUGAUCCCUUGUUAUAUUGUUGCUACUUUGGGAACUACCGGUACCUGCGCAUUUGAUAACUUGGAGGAAAUAGGACCGAUUUGCAAAGAGAACAACAUGUGGCUUCAUAUUGACGCUGCUUAUGCGGGCGCUGCUUUUGUGUGUCCUGAGUACAGACACUUGAUGUCUGGAAUUGAGUACGCUGACUCGUUCAAUUUCAACCCACACAAAUGGCUUCUCACUAAUUUCGAUUGCUCUGCACUUUGGGUUAAAGACUCCAGAAGUCUCAUCGAGGCCUUCAAUGUCGAACGAAUUUACUUAACGCACGACAAGGAGGGUUUAUGUCCAGAUUAUCGCCACUGGCAAAUUCCAUUGGGAAGACGUUUCCGUGCUCUGAAGCUCUGGUUUGUCUUGCGUUUGUACGGAAUUGAGGGUCUUCAGGAACACAUCCGGCACUCGAUAAACUUAGCCAAGAGAUUCGAGUCUCGAGUUCAGUCUGACGAGAGAUUUGAAAUCGUCACUGAACGAUCGAUGGGUCUCAUUUGCUUCAGAUUGAAGGGAGAAAAUUUAUUAACGCGGGACCUCUAUGACCGCAUACUGAAGCGAAAACGCAUUUAUCUAACGGCAGCCACAUAUCAAGACCGAUUAAUCAUCCGGUUUGUUGUAUGCAGUCGUCUCUGUCUCGAGGAGGACAUUGAUUAUGCCUGGAACGAGAUCACAAGCCAAGCUUCUGAAAUUAUCAAUUCCCAGACACAUCAAACGGGCAUCGAAUCCGCCGAAAAACCUGUCAAAAAACUCGAACACUCGGGAAAACACCUGGGGGCCAUAACUGCCCGAAUCGAAGGCUUAAAUAUUAACAAAGCCAAAGUUUUGCAAAAAAUAUCAUGAUUUGUUCUUUUUCCUUUUAAUUUUUCAAGGCUAGUUCUUUUCGUUUUUGUCACCACUGAGUUUUGUUUUCACAUUGUUUCGUAAAAUUCUUAGCUUUUUAGCACGAAUAUCUAUAUUCACAAAUAUAGGUAUACAAAUACAUGGAGUGAUCAUAUACUGGUACAUGAUCAUAUAUUGGGGCUUUUACCUUAAUUAGUAUUAAGGUUCCACAAGGCUUUGUAAAUAUUAUUGUCUUAUUAUGUGCAAUAAAGAGUUUGAAAAACGAUAAAAA